AUGUCGAUUUGGGGGCUAAUAUGGCUCACCAUAUCAAUGGCGGGCGCGCAGAUUGCGUGGGUGAUGGAGCUUGGAUAUGGGACGCCGUUCCUCCUUUCCCUGGGUCUGUCCGAACAGUUGACCUCGCUCGUAUGGCUUGCCGGUCCCAUCAGUGGACUCGUUGCUCAACCUCUCAUCGGGGCCAUCUCGGACUCGUCCACCUCCUCUUGGCGUCGCCGCUAUUGGAUCGUCACUAGCACCAUCGCCCUCAUUAUCAGCACAUUAGUCCUAGCAUUCUGUGUUGGGAUUGCUGAGAUUCUUGUCGAUAUUUUCACUGGAGGAAAGGCACAGGACCCCAAUGUUGGGAAGACAAUUAAAAACACGGCGAUUGCCCUUGCAGUCACAUCGUUCUAUGUCCUGGACUUUGCUCUCAACGCGCUGCAGGCCUCGCUGCGCAACCUCCUGUUGGACGUCACCCCUGCAGAGCAGCUGACCAUCGCCAACGCAUGGCACGGCCGGAUGACGCAUGCGGGGAAUAUCAUCGGCUUUACCCUAGGAUUCCUGGACCUCGGCACCUGGCCAGCUCUCGCGUUCCUCGGAGGUGACCAGUUCCGGAAAGUGUGCGUGGUCUCGCUGAUUGUGCUUGUCAUCACGAUCUGGAUCACCGUCGCCACUCAAAAAGAGGAAGCACGACAAGAAGAGUUCAAGUUCAGCAGCGGCAGCGAGCUUUGGGACAUCGUCAACAACAUCUACCGUGCUGUGCUCACACUUCCCAAGCCUGUUCGACGUGUCUGCUAUGUCCAGGUGUUCUCAUUCAUGGGCUGGUUCCCGUUCCUGUUUUACAGCACGACAUGGGUUGGUGAAGUGAUGGCACAGGAAAUAGAUGCGGAUCCCGAUGUGGAUACGGCCACCCGGGCUGGAGAGUUAGCAAUGUUGUUCUACAGCAUCAUGGCUGUUGUGGCCGGUACCUUGCUGCCCUAUCUUGCGGCGCGCGACCAACGCCUUCUUGAAGUUGUGAAAGACGAGAGAGAAGAUGCCGAGAUCGCGCGUAUUCGUAUCAUGGUUCAUAGCUGGAAAAUCGAAGCGGCGCGCAAGGGCGAGCCUCUCAAGUUGCCCACUAUGCCGUUCAUGCUACGUAAUAUCUGGACUGGCGCCCUCCUGCUCUAUACGGCAGUCAUGAUGAGCACGUUCUUUGUCAAGACCGUGUUCCAGGCCACCAUAGCCAUCACUCUCCUCGGUAUUUCAUGGGCUGUCGCCUGCUGGGUACCAUUCGCCAUCAUCAUGGAAUACCUCAAAGAGAUGGACGACCAGUCAGAGCGAAAUCGGAAGGAGGACUUGAACUCGGCAUCUCGUGCCAGCGGACCACGGGAUCCCGAAUCCGGACUACUGGCGCGUCCUGGACAUGCACGGGUCGUAUCUACUCCAGCUCGCCUCUACCAACAAGACGAGGCCACGGAUCGUACACCGUUGAUCCGCCGUCAUUCAAUAGCGGAACCAGGGCCCCUCAGCGACAUGCCAAUGGACUACACUAGUUCACAGCCUGCGGCUGGUGGCACUGUACUGGGCAUCCACAACCUCGCUAUUGUCUUCCCACAGUUUGUUGUUGCGUUGGUUGCCAGCGCCAUCUUCAAGGCGGUGGACUCUGUUACUGUAGCACCAGAUGACCCAACGGGUGGUGGGUAUGUGUAUUAUGGUAAGAAUGGUGUCGCCUGGGUGCUGCGAUUUGGAGGUAUCUGUGCCUUUGUUGCCGCUCUUCUCACACGUCGUGUGCCUCCCACCAAGACUGAGAAGUUGAUGCGACGGAGACGCGCGGAGAUGAACUUUAUUGACACGCCAUGA